UCAGAGAUGGGCUGGUCCUCGGAAUGAUGUCACCUCACUCCUCCAUGGGCAUUCAUUCCACCAGCAGCACCGCGCAUCUCUCCAGAGCGAUGCUGUUCUCCAGGACGCAAAAGCAGCUUCUUUACGCACGAGGAUGUGACAGCCGAGGAAUGACUCUGCUCGUGGAGCCUUGGUCUGUGGACUCUCCUCUUCUCGCAGAUAUUUCCGGACCUCUCUGUGCCCUUCGGGAGCUUUCGCAGGGGUUGCAGUUGGAGGAGCUACGUGCGCUGUGUCUGACGCGGGCUGCUCUCUGCUCGGGCUGACCAGGAGCGUAACGCGCAACGCAGCUCCGUGCGUUAGUGGAAGGCUGCUCAGCGCACCCAGUCUGAGCUGCUUUGGAAGAAGAAGAAGAAAAAACGGGUAUGAAGCAACAAACAUGAUACGAGAGGACAAAGUGGAGCCAGGAUGGAUUUAAUCCAGUUUAAUCUGUCGGUGGAAAACGUCUCCAACGAUGAGAACGCCACGGACGCACCGCUUGCCUUCCCACACACGGGAACGGCCACUGCGCUCAUCAUCCUGGUGGUUACUGUGAUCAUUUCGGUGACUAUUGUCGGUAACGUGUUGGUGAUUGUGGCGGUGCUGACCAGCCGGGCUCUCCGUGCGCCCCAGAACCUUUUCUUGGUCUCUCUGGCAUCAGCGGACAUCCUGGUGGCCACGCUGGUCAUCCCCUUCUCCCUCGUCAACGAGGUCAUGGGCUACUGGUACUUCGGGAGCACUUGGUGCGCAUUCUACCUGGCCCUGGACGUGCUGUUCUGCACCUCAUCCAUCGUGCACCUGUGCGCCAUCAGCCUGGACCGCUACUGGUCGGUGACGAAGGCGGUCAGCUACAACCUGAAGCGGACUCCGAAGCGCAUCAAGUCCAUGAUCGCUAUCGUGUGGGUAAUAUCCGCCGUCAUCUCCUUCCCUCCUCUCCUCAUGACCAAACACGAUGAGCGGGAGUGCCUGCUGAACGACGAGACCUGGUACAUCCUCUCCUCCUGCCUGGUGUCCUUCUUCGCCCCGGGUCUCAUCAUGAUUCUGGUUUACUGUAAGAUCUACAAAGUGGCCAAGCAGCGUUCCUCCACCGUGUUCGUGGCCAAGAACGGGCUGGAGAGGCAGCCCUCUCAGUCCGAGACGUGUUUCGUCAGGAAGGACCGCUUCGAGACGGAGAGCCCCAGCAGCCAGAGCUCCGGGAGCCACCAGCAGAGGCAAGGGGAGCUGGAUGACAUCGACCUGGAGGAGAGCUGCUGCCAGUCGGACACUAAACCGCGCAAUCACCGCUUCACCAAGCGGAGGAAGGUGGAGGGGUCGGACUGCUGCCCUCCUCAGAACUGCCGUCUCUCCUGGGCCUCGGCCCGCGCGUUACACCUCUACCCGGAGCAGAAGAACCCGGCCGGGCGACAGCAGCUGGCGGCCGCCAACAAAACCAAAGUGGCCCAGAUGAGGGAGAAGCGCUUCACCUUCGUGCUGGCGGUGGUGAUGGGGGUGUUCGUGCUCUGCUGGUUCCCGUUCUUCUUCACCUACACCCUGCACGCCAUCUGCAGGGAGAGCUGCUACAUCCCCGAAGCACUUUUCAACCUCUUCUUUUGGAUUGGCUACUGCAACAGCUCCGUGAACCCCAUCAUAUACACCAUUUUCAACAGGGACUUCAGGAAAUCCUUUAAGAAAAUCAUAUGCAGAACUUCUAAACGCACACAGUAACGCAGAGGAUGGCUUCACGGGACAAGCGCGCUUUUUGUGUGCGCGAAAAGGAAUUGUGUUAGGACUCAUUCUUCUCCCUCAAAGUCCUUUAAAUGUAACUUCUAUUAUAUUGAAGAAAAAAAAAACCGUCCAGUGUUGUGUUCAACGUCUAUGAAUAAAAUGUGGAGUUUAGCAAAAA